AUGACAAAGAAAACGAGAAAGCAAAAGAUUCUUUUCAAGAAACAACAGAAUGUUGAGUCUGAUGCUUUGUUGGAGUCAAACGCCAAGAAACUGAUGUCCACUGACCCCACUGAUGAUCAGACUAAUUUAGGGACGUUCUCUGAACAGGUUAUUUCCAUCGGAGGGACGAAUAAGGCUUGUGAUGAUCCAGCAAAAAAUGACAAUAAAGAAAAUUGUAAUCUUGCAACUUUGCAAGCAUUGGAGCCAGGAGAAAGUUUACUGACUAAAGGCAAUACAGACGAUGUGCCCCAUUCCCCACCCGAUCGUAUAAUGCUGAUUGUCGGCCCUGAGAAGUACACGUUGAAACUGGUCAAAAUUUUCGAGAAGUUUGUUUCCCCUCAAAACUCCGUCAAAUUGAGUACGUCUGCAUGCGACGCCCUGAAAUACUUGAGAACCCACAAUUUGUCCAAUGUCCUCUUCGUCAUUGAAAGUUUUGGGGACAGCACCCACAUUUUGACCGAGAUUGAUGAGACGCUCACAAUUUUAUGUCAAAAUCAUGGCAUGUCAGUAGAUGCCUUUGAUUUCAUUUUGGCUAAGGAAAAUCCUCAUCUAAUCCGUGGUCCAUAUCUUCCGGAUUCGUCCAAUCGAGGCAGAGAUAUUCAUGCCUUUGUGCAAAACUAUUACAAGAGACCAUUGAUUACCGUUCUUUUUCAAAAUGGGUGGGAACGUGACUCCGAACUGGGAACUAUGUUGCGGAACAUGUUUUUAUUAAAUCGCUCCCCAUCUAUCCAUGGUUCGCCGUGUUAUUAAAAUGUUCAACAUUUAAAUAACAAUUCUUGAAAUCUUGAUUGUUAAAUCAAACAAAAUUAUUAAUCCUGCCGAACUUUGAUUUGUUUGAUAAUCUUGAAAUACAUAAAU